AUGGUAGUUCUUCUUUGCUUUGAUUUACAGACUGAUAUUGAGUCCAAUAACAUUGUGAUUGCACCAGAAAAUUCUUUUGUGUGGGCUUUACACACCAAUACUUACACUCCAAACCAAAGAACCCCCUAUCCUUGCCUAUUUUUACGGAAGGUUUUCUUCACUCAACUAAACGGAAACAUAGCAGAAAAAUUAGUGAAAUUCACUAUGCAUAGUACAAGAACUGUUACUGUCAUAUCUGCGACUGGUAACUUAUCCAGAGUGACACUUGAGAAACCUGGAACAUGUGGCGAAAAGACAAAACAUGAGGGACUGUUUCGUAUAAUGUCUCUAAAUGGUUCAUUCAUGUGGGAAGAUGGAUGGAUAGGUGGAUUAGACCUAAUGACUUUCUCUGCAGAUGGAUCAAUUGUAGUAGGUUCUGUGGCGGGUGAACUAAUUGCUGCAGAUCAAGUCCAGGUUAUUGUUGCCAGUGUCACUCUAGAUGGUAAAGAAGAUUCCAAGUCGUCAAAGCCUGACGAAGUGUCGCCUGCACCAGUGAAGGCCCAUCCUGGCGAAAACUUUUCUCGUCAGUCUAUUUCCAAUAUAUGA